UGAAAGCUCACAAUGUGCGCACUCGGUCGAUCUGCUAACCUUUUGUUUUAUAUCCAGCUGCAGUUGCCCGUUAUAUUUCAUUCGUCUUAGCUUUUACUUGAAGUUGACCAUCUAGUUUGAAGUCAUCAUUUGCCCAACCGGUAAUCAGAGAGGUUUUUUCAAGUGUUCACUGUUCGCAGUCGGUUGAGAGAACACGUCGUAUAAGGAAAAGCACACAGGACAAUCUCUCCAGGCUGCUUCGUUUGGUUUUGUUUCUCAGCUGCUUUAUGCUAGAACGGAGAAGCUGAAUUUGUCCGUAUUCCGGCAAGAGAAGUAAGCUUCCAGGAACUCGUACGGUGGUCAGUUACAUCGAUCCUACUCAUCGCAAGGAUUCGCAGUUCAAACGUGUUUAUAAAAAGAUGAGGCCGUCCACAACAGAGGCAAUCCGGAGCGUAGCCGAAAGCCCCCAGUAUUGCUGCUGUCCUCAGAGCGAUAUCGGCAGUGUCCGAAGUCAAGACCUUGUGUUCAUGUGCGGCGCGGAAGUGACGACCACGGUCCCCAGAUCUACACCUUCCACGAGCGGGGACGAGAACUUUGACCUCCUGGACUACACCCCGCAGGCACAGUGCCCGUCACCAGAAGUUGCAAGCGACGGAAGCGGCGGGGUCAAUCCGUGCACCAGAGGCGAAAUCACGUUGGUGCGGAGACCCAGCAAGCUCAGCCUGGGUGGUUUGAGCUUGUCGGCAAGCGGUCGUUCGCAUUCGUUCGCGUUCAGCCCGGAUCUGCGCAGGCGACCGGAGUCGUCGCAUCGGCAGCGCAGCCAGAGCGACGUUAUCCACAUGGCCACAUUGGCAGCAAGAGAGAUGCGGCGAACAAUGGAGGCGACGCAAGAAAUGGAACGCACUUUACAAGCCAGUAUUGGUGAGCUUGACGAAGCCCUGUCCCGUCUCAAGGUUGUCACGUCUGGCAAGCAGCGGGCUUGUUCGAUGCGCGUUGCAAACGCGUCGUCGAACAGCGGACAUCGGCUGAAGAUGGCGCGCAGCGCGCGCAGCGACAGUGUGCAGGACGAGCCCGAUACACCGCUGGAUCGUCCGCUCACCACAGAGCCCAGGCAUUUCUUCAGUACCUCGUCGUCGUUGGCACAGCACAGCGAGGACCUGGCAACGCCGUCGAGCAGCAUUCACACCUGUCUUCUCCUGCAGUCGCCGCUCUGGCGGAAGGACAGCUUUCUGGAAGAGCUCUCCGACUCAAUGGACCACAACUUCAUUCACCACAGCCGCGAGCAUGACAGCGGAGUUGCCGCUGAUUUAGACUCUGAAUCGGUGUCUGCAUUUGCUGGUCUGAUCGAGGAUUUGGACAGCGAUGAUGAUGAGACGGACUCCUCGCUUCCUCGCCUCGUUGUCCUAACAAAUAGAGAUCGGUCUCAGGUGUAUUCACUGAGUUUGGACGACUUCAGGCACUGGCUUUUCUCACAGCAAGAGUCAUGGUGUUAAACUACAUGUAGUUGCUGGCAGAAAGAGGUUUACCAAUGCUCACACAAACACUAGUAUAGUUGUUAUUUUCCCUGGACACAUUGAAACCAGAGGCGAUAACUACUGAUGUCAUUCUCCUGAACUCGAAUUAGUGUCAUUUUACUGCACGGCGAUGUCAUUCUAUUGCAGAGUGGUGCUAUUUCCGUGACUGCAGGGUGAUGUCAUUCUAUUGCAGAGUGGUGUCAUUUCACUGCAGGGUCACUUUGCUGGAGAUUGCUGCUUUUCCGUUUAGUUGAGACUUGAAGUGAAAAUCACUGCGAAAGCAUACAGUUUAUAUUAUGAUUCCAUUCACAGCACUUACACACUUCAAAUUUCUCUUUCACACUCCAAAUUUUCUCUUAUGCCCUCUAAAUGUAUCUUCCACACUCCAAAUUUUCCUGCGCACGCCUGAUCACUGCGUAAAUAGGCUGAUAUCCGAGUCACUGCUGAGAAUAUCAGAUGUUGAAUGUGCCACCCCAUCUUGAUAACUGCAUAACAAUGCAAGAUAGUGAUAUUUGCAGCGUUCGUGAAUGGCGCUCUCUUGACAAUCAUGAUAAGAUUCCCCAGAACCGUUCAGAUGAGUACUUUA